CGCCGUACAUUUGCGUUCCGGGCGCAUCGCACGUUUAUUAUACGCAAAUCGCGAUGAAGUGCACGAAACACUCGUCGCGCAUGGGCCCGUCCUAGGAGCGACUCCGAUCAAGUGCAGGUUCAUCAGCUGAAGAGUUUAUCAGCUGAUACGGCGGACCAAGUCGAGGACGGGCGGCGAUUGACGCGUAAAAAAUGUCGCUCUCCAAGCCAACCAGUCUCGCGUACAGCCUCAUCGGCGCGUACCUAGAACGGCUCUACAGCAGCCCUGUGAGGACGAAAGCUAUAACGAGUUGCAUUAUCGCAGCCCUUGGAAAUGUGGCGUCUCAGAAACUGUCUGGCGCCAAGCAGCUUAACGAGGACAGUGUCCUGGCCUUCGCUCUAUUCGGCCUGCUAUUCGGAGGACCGGUACCCCAUUACUUUUACACAUACGUACGAUUGUUCGUGAAGCAACCUCUGGGGAUACUUCUGAUAGAGAGACUUAUCUACACGCCGUGUUUCCAGGCGCUCGCGCUCUACCUGCUCGCCAUCUUCGAGGGCAAGUCCCAUAACGUGGCGUGUGUUCAGAUGCAAAGAUUAUAUUUACCGACGUUGAUGGCUAAUCUCAAGUAUCUAACGCUGUUCCAUUAUAUCAAUAUAAAAUAUGUUCCACCAAUGUUGAGGGUCUUGAUGCUGAACCUCAUCGGCUUCGCAUGGGUUAUCUAUUUUGCCAAUAAGAGAGCAAAAAUUUCAAAAGAGAAGUAGAAGAAUACGAUAAUCUGUUUGUAAUCAUUGUUAUGGACACUUUUUGUAACUAAUAUGCAAUAAUAUUCUACUUCGUAUGCGUGCUAGAUGACGCUUUGUGACUAUUUCACAAAGCAAGAGCGAGAAGAUUGUAUAAAUAACGUGCAAUGAAUUUAUGCUAACAACACUUGCUUGUACAAAGUGAAAUAACAUGUUAAUAAUGCAUUCCAUCGUUAUGACUUGUUAAUGUUGGUCAAGAAAUGUACAAAACAUACUGACGUAUUGUAAUACAUAUUGGAAUGGUGCUGAAUAUAAAUAUAUUUUAAUAAAUACUAAAAUAUAAA